GGGAUUUAUAAUAUUUUGAAGGAAAAAAAUAAUUGAGAAGAAAAGAAAAAUGCUAAGGGAAGCUGUUUAUAUAAUACUCAUCUUUGUUGUAAGAGACCGAUACGUGUCACUUUUUUGUUGGCUAAAACAAAAUAUCGACUGGUUGUUUUUCUUCUUCCUCUCAAUCUCUAUGUUUCUCUCUCAAUCGAAGUCGAAUUUGCAAUGGAAGAAGAUGGAAUCAGAGGACAAUCGGGUCGGAGGAGAUGUGGCAGAGAUUGAAUCGGCGGAGGCUAAUCGGAGAGUUCUGAAUCGAGUCCGAGAUUGUAUCGAAGGAAAAGCUCCUUCUCCGGCUUCCAUGGCUGUCCAAAAACUAUGCUCUGUCUUGGGAUUCUACUCUCAAGCUAUUCAUCUAGUUUCAGGAAAUGGUGGACAAGAUGGGUUACGAAGUUAGACUUGUUAGAGUCACCAAAAGAGGCGUAUUUUGCCCAGUUAUACCUUUCACAGGUGGGUAAUGCCUCAUAUAGUAUCAGCUACGACCUUUGGUCUUCAGAUGCAAUUAAUAUAGCUGUUAGAUGCAAGGAAUCUACUCUCAAGCU